AUGUUAGACGGCGCGUCAUCUGAUUCUGGCCCGGAGCCGUGCACUGCGCGUGAAGCAUGGAGCGGCCAAGGCGUGUUGUGCCUGGCACAUCUCACUCAUGCGGUGGUCGUGCCUGGAGUGGAGGAGAAACUGCGAAUUGAGCUGGCAGACGUUCCACUUCCGGCAAUCGAGCUUCGGUGCAAGGCGUACGUUGGACCACAGACAGCUCUCACAGAGGGUCUUGACAAGUCGCGGCUUCGGAAAGCCAGGCUGGAGGUUGUGGGUCACAAGGCUGUGGCAGAGGUGUGGAUCGGGGCGCCCCAGGCCGAGCCCUGGGCCAUCCGCAUCAAGUUGUACCGGAGACCUGCGAGCAACCUCUUUGCACAAGAGCGACUUGCUGAAUUGGUGGAAGCCUUGCCACGGCCAAGAUCGCUGGUUCAACUGGUCCCCGUUCAGCAUGCCAAGCUGGAAGUGCUGCGUUUGGUACCGCUGUCAGCAGCCGCCGCCCUCCAGAAGGCCGCAGGAGAGGUCCUCGCCAAAGCGGUGGCAGCAGGUGUGGAAGCUCCCGACAUUGAGAAGCUCUGCCUCGGUGCUCGAGAGCUUGGCCCAGAGACCAUGCUCAGCAAGGACGUUGAGCGAGCGCUGGAGUCUGCCGCAGGCAUGGGAAAGCGCGAGGUGGUGGACAAGCUGCUGGCGGCAGGCGCCAAGCCAACCCUCCAAGCCGCUCAUGCAGCAGAGCAGGCGCAAACAGCCGGGUGUGUGGACCUUGCGCGAGACCUUUUCAUUGCGCAGGAGCCCGACGCCAAGGCACCGGUGCUGAGGGCCCUGGAAGAGCGGAUGCCGCUGGUGGCCGAGCGCCUGCUGAAGGAGAAGGAGGCCGCACUCAACGAGCUGCCAGCAGACGGCGAGCCUGCCCGCAAGGCGCAUGCCGCCGGAGCAUGGUCGGUGCUUGCUGCAUUGUUGGAGCGUGGUGAUCCGAUGCCGGCGAAGCCCCGGCUGCUGCUGGACUACGCGCUGCGCGCGGGUCACGCGGGCCUGGCGAGGUCCUGCCUGAAGCACAUGGGAGAGGAUACGAAGGACAUGGACGCAGCCCUUCGCACCUGCCUGGACCACGGUCGCACCGAGAUCGUCCGAGAAGCCUUGGAGGUGAUGUGGAAAGCUCGGUCAAGCCAGUGGUCAGAAGGCCCUCCUUUGCUUUGCUUGGAGUACGGCCCAGAAGACCAACCUGCAGAAUGCAGCGUUUGCUUUGACCCGCUGUAUACCAGUCCAGGGGUCUACAUCAAUGAGGAGGGCUCCCGCGUGUGCGGGCAUUUCACAUGCUUGAACUGCGCAGAGCACGUUCAAGAUGAGGCUGGCGUGCCGCUGAGCCAAAAGAUCCUGCUGCGCAAGCAAGAAGCAUCGCCAGACGCAUCCACAGCACCACAAGGUCAAGCGGUCUUUGCGCGGGUGAUUUGCACUCCUGGCACGCGACCCACGCUGCAGGCGAUUGGGCCUGGUGCAAUUAGGAGCGCCUACCAAGAGAGUCGCAGCGACCGAAGGCUGAGGAACCCGAAGACGUGGAAGGAUCUAAGCUGUCAGGAGGCAGGUUACCGGAAGGAGGAGGGGCUGCCGUGUCAUGCAUCAUCAGGUCAGAUCGCCUGCAGGUUUUACGACGACAUGGCGGAUUUCUGGUUCCAAGACGUGAUUGGCGCGGGACUGGUGAUUGCCAGCAAAACCUUGGUAAACCGCAUCCGCCACGCCGACUACUGGGCAUCGUCUGGCGCGCAGACAAGGGCAGAGAGCAAGGAGAUCUGCGAAUGCGACAAGCAGGGACGCUCUUCAUACGAACUGCACAAGAACGACUGGUAUGUGGAGCGCUGGAACACCUGGAGCUGA